AGAGGUGACAACCACACUGAGUGGAGGAAGAAAGUUGAACUGGCGUUUGUUUGUGCUGAUCUUGACUGGGUUGUGGAGAAACCACAGCCGGUCAGACCCACAGAGCCAGUAAGAGAGGCUACUGACGAUGAUGCUGCAUGGGCUAAAAGGAAAGGGGACUAUGCUCCUUUGGAGCAGUCCUACCUCAUAGAUAAUCAAAAGUGGGUCAAUGCAAAUAAAAAAUGCAUGGCUUUUAUAAAGAACACCAUUGAGAGCGCCAUUGUUGGCUCCAUUGGAGAGUGCACUUCCGCAGGGGAGUUGCUCUCAAAGAUAAAGAGCCAGUUCACUGGCUCUUCAAAGAUAUAUGCCACCCAGGUGUUAGAGCAACUGGUGACAGAAAAAUACACAGGUGGCAGUCAUGGCAUAAGAGAGCACAUCCUCAGGAUGAGCAAUAUGGCAGCAAAGCUCAAACCCAUGGAUGCGGAUCUGGAGAUCAAACCAGCGCUCCUGGUCCACCUUGUCAUGGCUUCAUUGCCGAAGGAGUUUGAAGCUUUUGUUGUGAACUAUAACAUGUCACCUGGAACAUGGGACGUAGAAAAGACAAUAGCAAUGUGUGUUCAAGAGGAGGAGAGACUAAAAGCCUCACAUGAUGGUACACUCAACUAUGUGCAUGGUCACAAAAGAAAGAAUUACAAUCAAAACAACAAAAGUUCUCCUUCAAAGCCACAAGGAAAAGUUUCCUAUCAGCAUCAGCGUCAGCAACAGCCUUUCUCAGUGGACAAAGACACUUGUCUCCACUGUAAGAAGACCGGGCAUUACAAGAAAGACUGUCCUGUUUGGCUAAAGUCGAUCAUGGCAAAAAGAGGGAUUCCAUUCGACGCGGACUACGCUAAGAAGCGAAAGACGCAUUGAAGUGGCGAACGGAGUUGAAGCAGAAGUUGAAGCUGUCGGUGAUAUCUCCUUGGAGUUAGCUGAUGGAUUCAAUCUUCUACUUAGAGAUGUUUUAUUUGUUCCAUCAUGUAAUAGAAACUUAAUAAGUGUUUCUUGCUUGGACAAAGAUAAUUAUGAGUGUUAUUUUGGACAUGGCAAGUGUGCCAUUUGGUUAAAUAAUGCUUAUG